UCUUCAUCCGUUUUGCCUCAUGCAUACGUAUUAUGAUGUUCUAUCGUAUAUUUAUAAUUAGAACCAACGUCAACAACCACCGCCGCCGUCAUGUAUCAAAUUUCUCUCUCAGACGCCUCUUCUCCUCCUCCCCUUCCGCCAAUCACCACGAGAAUUCCACCGGUUCCAACAAAAACCUCAAGAAGUUGCAAAAUGCAGGUCCGCUAUCAUCGCUUCCCGUCCUCCACCGUCUCCGGCAUUAUUCCCUCCCCCGCUUUGCAAUCGCCGCGAGCUUGAUAUCCGCAGCUGCUGCCGCCUCUUGCAUGAGUUUCUUUGACGACGAUGAAUUUGAGAAAAUGAAAGCGAAGAAGCAGAAGAAGAAGCGCGUUUUUAGAGAUUUUACAAUUGAACGUUCGAACGAGUCGUUUAGGAGAAUGUUGGACACGGUGAAGCAUACAGGCGUUGCUGUAUCGGUUCUCUGGAAGUCGUUGAGUUCUAUUUUGUCUUCGGCGAACGAUGAGGUUCGGUCAGGGUUUGAGGUUAGGGUUGCGGCGUUGUUAGCGGACAUUGUGGCUGGAGACGAGAGCCGGAGAGCUGCGAUCGUCGGUGCUGGUGGUGGCCUGGUGGUUGAUUGGUUGUUGGAGGCGGUGGCGUUGAAAGGAGGGGGGAAUUAUGGAACUCAGGCGGAAUCGGCUAGGGCUUUGGCUUACUUGAUUGCUGACUCUAAUGUCUCUGAGAAGGUUCUCCGAAGGCCUCGUGCAAUCCCUAAUCUUACCAGGUUCAUCCUCUCUGCUCAUCCUCAUCCUUGGGAACAGCAAUCAAGACAUAAUUCCUUCGAUAUUGCUGAUCCUUUGAAAGGCAGGAGCAUGCUUGUUACAGCAAUCAUGGAUAUUGUGACUUCCAGUUGUGACAAGGUGGAAAAGGUCCAUCGUAAGCCUAUGUUAUCAGCAAAAGCUACAAUGAGAGACAUUGCAACAGCACUUCAGGUUGUUGAAGAAGGUGGCAUCUACUUAGAUGAAUCCCCAGGAUUAAAGGGCAUUACAGGAUAUGGGAAAUCUCCUCCUAAAACCAGAAGAAUAUUUUUUAACAAAGUGAGUGAUAAUUAUCCAUCUCAACAAACUGUUAUCCCUGGUUUGUGGGAUGAUUUGCAAUCACAACAUGUUGCUGUUCCUUUUGCUGCAUGGGCUUUAGCAAAUUGGGCAAUGGCAUCACCUGUAAAUAGAUCCCAUAUCCAAGAAUUAGACCAUGAUGGACAUGCUAUCAUGACUGCUUUAGUUGCUCCAGAAAGAUCUGUGAAAUGGCAUGGAAGUUUAGUAGCUAGGUUUCUUCUAGAAGACAAAAAUCUCCCUUCUGAUGAUUUUGUUUCUGAUUGGAGUUCCAGUCUUCUUUCUACUGUUUCCCAAGCUAGCAAAAGUGAUGAUGUCCCUUUGACUCGUGUGGCUUUAUCUGCAUUCUUAUUAUCACUCGAAAGAUGCCCUGGUGCUCAACAGAAAGUUAUGGAUAAAAGUCUUGAUCUAAUGAGGGAAACUGCUAAACGAAUGAAGAAACAUGAAUCUGUACAAGAAGCAUUAGCAAAAGGUCUUGAAUCACUUUGUUCAGGGAACAUUCAUUUGCCUUUAGAUGAAGGUCAAAAAUGGUCAAGCAUUUUACUUCGAUGGGUAUUUGGUGAUUCUUCUUCUGAUGCCACAAGAUCUUCUGGCAUUAAAAUUCUCUCUCAUGUUCUUGAAGACCAUUCACCAUCUUCCAUCCCCAUUUCACAAGGUUGGUUAGCCAUAUUGCUAACUGAUGUUCUAAACCAUAGAAAGUCAUCACUAAAAGGAAGCAAUCAGCCUAAAGAUAAAGUGAAGACUCAAAUCGAUCAAGCAAACGUUGUAUCUGGCACACAGGCUGCAGACAAGUUAGCUACUGCUGUGGUUAAUUUAGCAGUGAAUCAAUUACGAAAUGGUAAAAAGGAUUCAUCUGCUCUUGAAGAUCUUCUUUCCCUUGAGCCCUUUGUUAAACCAUUCAAAAAUAUAAAAAAAGACAGUAUACCUAAAGUCAAUGCUGCAGAUUCUACACUAGCAACACUUAAAGGAAUCAAAACCAUGUCAGAAAUUUGUAGCGAUGAUUCAUUUUGUCAAGCUAGAAUAAUCGAUCAUGGUGUAAUCUCUUUACUUCGUCGCCUUUUAUUAAGAGAUGAUUAUGAGAAAUUAGCAGGAAUCGAAGCAUAUAAAAGUUCAUUAAAUACAGAAUCCAAAGAUCAACAACAAAGUGGUUCUGAUUCUAAUGAUUCAUCACCUCGUACGCGGGUCCCACUUGCUGCACAUAUCCGUAGACAUGCAGCUAGGUUUCUAGCUGUUCUUUCUGUUCAUCAAAAAGUUAAAAAAAUGAUAUUAAACGAUAAAGUUUGGUGUGAUUGGCUUGAAGAAUGUGCAAAUGGGAAAAUUCCCGGAUGUAAAGAUCUGAAAACUCAAAGCUAUUCAAGAGCGACAUUGUUGAAUAUACUUUGUAAUGAUGAAGAUACUGUAAAUAGUAGUGGAAAUGGAAGUGGUAGGUGUCCUCAUUUUACUGAGAUGAUUUAUUUAAUCAACCCUAAUUUACCUCACUGGAAAUACAAACACCCUGUAAAACAAAAACAGGAAUCCACCAUGGAGACACCAAUGGUGGAUAAGAAUAAGAAUAAGACUAAGAACAAGAAUAAGAAUCCAAUCAAUCCAUUUUUAGAACUCCAUGAGGGUGAUUAUGAUUGUGAGAGUAAUAGUAGUAGUAGUACUAGUAUUAGCCAAUUAACAAGGAAUCUUGAUAAUACUGAUACUGAUAGUGAGUCAGUGGGUCCCACACAGCCUUCACUUGAUGUUGUUUUUGUUCAUGGGUUACGUGGUGGGCCCUUUAAGUCAUGGAGGUUAUCCGAGAGUAAAUUAUCAUCUAAAUCUGGACUUGUGGAAAAGAUUGAUGAAGAGGCUGGAAAGCAUGGGACUUUUUGGCCUGCUGAAUGGCUUUCAGCUGAUUUUCCUCAUGCGCGUUUGUUUAGUUUAAAGUAUAAGACGAAUCUUACGCAAUGGUCGGGAUCGAGUUUGCCACUUCAGGAAGUGAGCGCGAUGUUGUUGGAAAAAUUAAUUACUGCAGGCAUUGGAGAUCGACCCGUUGUAUUUGUAACUCACAGCAUGGGGGGAUUGGUUGUGAAGCAGAUGUUGGAUCAGGCUAGGAAGGAAAACAGAGAUAGCCUUGUCACUAACACUAUCGGUGUGGUGUUUUAUAGCUGCCCUCACUUUGGUAGCAAGCUUGCAGAUCUACCUUGGAGAAUGGGUUUUGUUUUACGUCCUGCACCAACGAUAGGAGAAUUGAGAAGUGGGUCUCCGAGAUUAAUCGAGCUUAAUGAUUUUAUUCGUCGUCUACAUAAGCAAGGUGCUCUUGAUGUUCUCAGUUUUUGCGAGACUAAAGUAACUCCAAUCGUUGAAGGUUAUGGAGGUUGGGCUUUCAGAUUGGAAAUAGUUCCAAUUGAAUCAUCGUUUCCUGGAUACGGGAAACUUGUGGUGUUAGAAUCAACUGAUCAUGUAAAUUCAUGCAAACCAAUAAGCAAAAGUGAUCCUUCAUACUGUGAAACUCUACGUCUUUUGAACAAACUUAGAGCUCGUAUCCAUGAAAAGACAUCGUAGAUGUACCCUAUGUAAAUACCCUAUGUACAGUGUGUAUCUAUCAAUCCUUUAAGAAUAGAAUAUGUGUAGGUAUGGACCACAGAAAUGACAUUUUUACCCUUUCUAAUUUCUGGGGUACUUACUACUUAGUUAACCUAUUCUACCCCUGUGUUGCCCCUUUCUGUAUUUUUAAAAAGGAAAGGUCUGUUUGCUGG